AUGUUGUACAUAAAGGACUUUGAGGAUGGGGAAGUGGCAGGUGGUAUUCUUGUUGUUGAUGAAGACGUCGUCGUGGCUACAGGAUCACUGGAAGGGCUAAGGGUAUUGAGGAUGAUUGUUGAAGACUGCUUUGUGUAUAAAGUUUCUGCUGGAUCCCUAAUCACUAAGAUUAAGGAGAUGGGCGUCCAUAAGCCGGGAAAGUGUUACAAAGGCGGGUGUACAUGGUGCUGGUGUAAGAGCAAUGCACUUGGGACUCCCUAA